AUGCUCCGCGCAGUCAGUUCUUCUCUCGGUACCGCUCGUGCGGCGUCGACAGCUGUAAAGAGAAAUACACCAAAUAUCGUAUUGGUCGAUGCUGUCAGAACACCAUUCGUCGUCUCGGGAACCGUCUUCAAGGAUUUAAUGGCCGUCGAUUUGCAGAAAGAGGCUAUCAAGGCCUUGGUCGAGAAGACGAAGCUACCGUACGAGAAGCUUGACCACAUCAUCUGCGGAACCGUCAUUCAAGAAUGCAAAACCAGCAACAUCGCCAGAGAAGCCGCUCUUCUCGCUGGUGUUCCAGACAACAUUCCAGCUCACACAGUCACUCUAGCAUGUAUCUCAUCAAAUGUUGCCAUCACAACAGGAAUGGGAAUGUUGGCUACUGGAAAUGCCAACGCUAUCAUUGCUGGAGGUGUCGAAUUGUUAUCUGACGUGCCAAUUCGUUAUAACAGAAAAGCUAGAAAAGCGAUGCUUGGCAUGAAUAAGGCGAAGGAUGUUCCAUCAAAGUUGAAGAUCGGAGGAGAGAUUGUCAAGAAUCUUCUUUCUCCAGAAUUACCAGCUGUUGCUGAAUUCUCAACUGGAGAGACAAUGGGACACAGUGGAGACAGACUUGCUGCCGCUUUCAAUGUUUCCAGAAGAGAACAAGAUGAGUUUGCUAUUCGCUCCCACACUCUUGCCUCGGAAGCCGCCAAAAAUGGAAAGUUCACAGAUGUCGUACCGGUGUUCUUAGACGGAAAGAAGCCGAAAACUAUCAAGGAAGACAACGGAAUCCGUGUUUCUACAAUUGAGAAGUUGUCGACUCUGAAGCCGGCCUUCGUGAAACCACAUGGAACUGUCACCGCUGCCAACGCAUCUUAUUUGACUGACGGAGCAUCUGCUGCUCUCAUUAUGACUGAGGAAUACGCUCUCGCCAAUGGAUUUAAGCCAAAGGCAUACUUGAGAGACUAUUUGUAUGUUGCACAGGACCCAAAAGACCAACUCUUGCUUUCCCCAGCCUACGUCAUUCCAAAGCUUCUCGACAAAGCUGGACUCGGACUCAAGGAUAUUGAUGUAUUUGAAAUCCACGAGGCCUUCGCUGGACAAGUUCUUGCCAAUUUGAAUGCAAUGGACAGUGAAUAUUUCUGCAAAGAACAGAUGAAACGAUCCGGAAAGUUUGGACGUGUUCCAAUGGAUAAACUCAAUCUUUGGGGAGGAUCUCUUUCAAUUGGACAUCCAUUCGGUGCCACUGGAGUUCGUCUCGCUGCCCAUUCAGCUCACAGACUGAAGGAAGAGAAGGGACAAUACGCAGUGAUUGCUGCAUGUGCUGCUGGAGGACACGGAGUUGGAAUGCUUAUCGAAGCUUAUGGAAAGUAA